AUGGCCUCAGACCUACGACUUGCGAAGGCCCAGCGGCCCCCCAACCCCUACGGAGUCCCCUCGAUAACCAUCGAGCCGACCCAGCUCUACUUGCGCCAGCUGCACUCCAUGGCCCACCGCAGAGACGUCCUCGUUAGGAACGGCUUCGUCGUCCACCCGCUCUCCGAAGCCGACAUGGACGAUAAGAAACGCUGCCGCAAGUGCAACCUCCGCUGUCAGUCUUUCCUCCCUCGCCCCGGGGUUGGUCCGCGUCUGCUAAAGCAUUUCCCUGCAGGCUCCAACAACAAGAACAAAUAUAAGCCGAAUGACAAAGACGGAAAGAUAGGGCCCAAGAAGGAUACCUUGAACCCCGACCCCUCGUCCAACGAGAAGCUCUCCAAACCGGUUCUCAAGUGCCGGUACCACACCGGCCGCGUUGACCGCAUGUACUGGACCUGCUGCCGCGCUCACGCCUCCACCCCAGGCUGCACUUGGGCCCCGGAGCACCUCACCUGGACCUAUGCCCGGGCCGACUUCAAGACCCGGCACCAAUACCACCACACCCCUGCCUUCUCCCCAGCCGCCACUACUACUGCUACCACUACCACCGUCUCCUCCCGCGCCGCACCACCUCAUCGCAGACCCCACUUCGCCGUCGCCAUCGACUGCGAGAUGGGCACCGCCUACGACGGCGAGUCCGAGCUUAUCCGCGUCACCCUGGUCGAUUACUUCACCUCGGAGAUCCUCCUCGACAGCCUCGUCUACCCCCAGGUCCCCAUGCAGCACUACAACACAAAGUGGUCCGGCGUAUCGCGCCAGCAGAUGAAGGACGCCCGCGACAAGGGCAAGUGCAUCGCCGGAGGCCCUGCCGCCGUCCGCGAAGCAGUCUGGCGCUGGGUCGGCCCCAGCACCGUCGUCGUCGGCCACGCCGUCCAUAACGACCUCGCCGCCCUGCGCUGGAUCCACCCGCUCGUCGUCGACUCGCUCGUUCUCGCCACCACCACACGUGCUGAGCAGGAGAAACGCGAGCAAGAGGAGAAGGAAAAGAAGAAGCGAGAGGAGGAUGACAAGUACGAGGAGAAGCGUGGCGAGCAAGGAAACGAGAAAGAGAAGGCUGCUGCCACCGUCGCCACUUUAGAGGAGGGGGAGGAUGAGGAGGACGGCGGCGGCGACCUCAUUUCCUUUGAAGAGCUUGCCCUCGGGCCCCGGGAUAGCAAGGAGAACCCAAAGAAGCCCUCGGUCGCCAAGACCAGGGUUAGGCGCAAACCUGGCGGCCUCUCACUCAAGGCACUCACGGCCGAAAUGUUCGACCGCCAGAUCCAAAAGGCGAAGCAGGGCCACGACAGCCUGGAAGACGCGCUGGCCGCCAGGGACAUUGUACACUGGUUCGUCAUGGAAAAGAUGGCGGGGGCGCAAGCACAAGGCGGGGGGUCCGUCACAUCAGAUGUCUGGUGA